AGCUAGCCAAUCCAGGCCUGUCUGGUGCAUAUAGCUGCGAGCGACGCAAAGUCAUCGGAUGCAGCAAUCGUAUAAGAACGAUGGGUAAGCUUUCCGCCCUGUUCAGUAUUACAGUGCGUUUGUGGCAGGAAGCAACACCACGGCACUAUAAAGGCAAACACAAUGACCGUGACAACGUUUCGUGUUCCAGUUUACUUUAUAACGGGACUCGUGUUAUCGUCUUGGGUCUCCUUCAUCGAUCCCAUUUAUGCUGCCCCCUAUCUAGCCCCAUCAACAAGCCCCCGACAGCUGGUCAUGUUAUCCAGUGUUCCUAAAGGUUUAGAAACGGAUCCCGUGCCCACGAGAAACAUUACGGAAGAACCAGUAGUCAACAACUUAAACGAGAGUACCACACCUGCGCCCAAAAAGGCGAAUCAUUCUUUAGUUAGCGGCAAACUAUCUCAUUUAAAAAACAUUAUCAGCCCAAGAGCUGUCUUUUCUCUUUUUGGUUUUGGCGCGGACAAAGCAACUAAUUUGAUGAUCGGUGUUGAAAAUUUCCUUAACGCAAGGUCAGAUAUUGACGAAAUCGACAAUGCCAUAUCAAUGUUCAACAAACUAUUCCUCUCGAGAGGAUCGAAUGCUGUGAACGCUUAUUAUACUUUAUUCGCCAAUUUUUGGGUUAACUUCGAUGCUAUCUCGCAAUUCGUACGUGGUAUAGAAAAUCGAGUUGUCGUAAGGAGAGCAGAAAUCCAAGCUGAAAUAGCGGAAGAAGAAGCUAGCGAAGUUGUGGAGGAGACGUUGUUGUCCCUCACAGCUGCAAACGCACAGCUCGAAGAUUUCAAAAACACUUUAGAAAAUUUGAUCCGGCGUCGGGGCAUAGCAAGAAUAGGAGCAGCCACACGAAAUGACGAUGCCCAAGAGACACAGAAUGAACCGUCUUCUUCACUCCAUAUAGCGGACCAAAACAGCAAUGAAAUACAUGACGAGGAGGAAGAUGAACUAGACGUACCAGAGGAAAUGAAUUCUUUAGGGCAAGAAAUUCCAUCUCGUGAUGUGACGGUCAGCGAUCAUGCAUUUGCUAACCAAUAUGUUGAAGAUGAAGUUAACGACAUUGAUCCAUCUUUGGACACGGAAGAUUAAAAGGCACUUAAUUCCUAAUCAAAUACAAUAAACAAAUGCAUGUAUUUAUGAGUCUCGGAUAAUUGUGAUGUUUUUCGUUCUAGUAUGUAUAUAUUGUGAAGAUUUUAUUAAAUAUAAAUAACGAAACGUU